CAUAUAUCAAUGCUCAUCGAUUGAAGGAGAAAGCAGAACACUCUCUUUUCAGCUUCUGCCUAAAGAAAAUAGUCCGAUCAAUCAAUAGUUAAAGGAGGAGUUUUACGGGAGAGAGUGGUUGUCAAAGACUGUCCAAUCAAUGGUUAAGGAGAUCAUAGUUCUUUACCCGUCUCCGGGCAAAGGCCACCUCGUGUCCACGGUGGAGCUGGGCAAGACCCUACUGGGCCACCACCACCCUCCGCCCUUCUCUGUCACCGUCAUCCUCUCAGUCCCGCCCGAUGAAGCCGAGUUCACUGCUGCCUACGUCUCCAGCGUCUCCGUCACCCACCCGGCUAUCUCUUUCCAUCACCUUCCCGUGCCCUUCGUCCCCUUCGACUCCUCCUCUCCCAAUAAGUUCAUGUCCUCCACCUUCGAGUUGGCCUGCCGCAACAACCCCGCCCUGCACGCCUUGCUCUCCUCCAUCUCCAAGUCCGGCGGGUCCAACAUCAGGGCCCUCGUCCUCGACUUCUUCUGCACCGCUGCGCUCCGAGUCGGGGCCAACCUCAACAUCCCAGUCUACUACUUCUUCACCUCCGGAGCGAGCGGGCUCGCCGAGUUCCUCUACAUUCCCUCUAUGCACAGGAACAUCCCGCAUAGCUUUAAGGAUCUCGAUCCCGACACACUUAUUGAAAUCCCAGGGACUCCGCCAGUCCGGCCCAUGGACAUGCCCAUGCCGAUAGCCGACCGCAGCUCCAAAGUUUAUGGUUAUUUUCUCGAGGCCGCUUGUGAUAUGGCUCGGGCAGCGGGACUUAUCAUGAACACGUUCGACUCGUUUGAGGUCAGUGCCCUAAAGGCAUUGAGGGACGGUCUUUGUGUGACGGACGGACCGACGCCACCAACGUAUUGUGUAGGACCUCUUAUCGUGACGACCGGCAACAACAAUGGAGCUGAUGACAGGCAUGAGUGCUUGAGGUGGCUCGAUUCGAAACCAAGCCGGAGCGUAGUGGUCCUGAGCUUCGGGAGCAUGGGGAAGUUCUCCGCCAGGCAGUUGAAGGAAACGGCCUUAGGGUUAGAGAGGAGCGGGGUCAAUUUCCUUUGGGUGGUGCGGGCACCGCCCCGGAACGACGAGGCAUGGAGAGCGAUAUCAGAGCCUUAUCCGAGCAUUGAGGUGUUUCUGCCCGACGGUUUUCUGGAGAGGACAAAGGAGAGGGGGCUCGUGGUCAAUUCAUGGGCCCCGCAGGUGGCAGUGCUGAACCACAGUUCGGUUGGUGGGUUCGUGACUCAUUGCGGGUGGAACUCGGUCCUUGAGGCGGUCUAUGCUGGGGUCCCCAUGCUGGCGUGGCCACUCUACGCGGAGCAGAAGUUGAACCGCAACUACCUUGUGGAGGAGGUGCGGGUGGCGCUCCCGGUGAAAGAGUCCGAGGAUGGGCUCGUUAGUGCAGGUGAACUGGAGGAGCGGGUCACUGCAUUAAUGAGCUCGGAGAAAGGGGAAGCAAUGCGAGAGCGAGUGCACAAGAUGAAGGAAACGGCCGCCGCGGCAUUGCGUGAGGGCGGCUCGUCCCAUUUAGCACUAGCCGAAUUGAUCCAGGCCAUCAAGCAAGGGCCGAGCACCGAGCCAAGAAGAUGGAACCCGGUUGAACCAAGCAGUAGGAUUGGCAGUCCCAACCCGGUGGCGAUCUCUACUGAGACGUAGUUGUUUUCGACCACAAAGGUUUGAAAAGUUAAUUAGCUUUUUUGGGUGAACAAAGUUAAUUAUUCUUCAUUUAAUAAGACCAAUUGCUAUAUGCAAUUUCAUUGGAAGGUUGUAUGUAUAUUAGGUAAGUUUACUAUUCCCGCUUUGAUUUAGUGCAGGGCCUAAAUCUAAAACGGCCUAAGCCCCGUCUGGCGGCGUCUAUUCUUGAAAAUGAGUUAUAUAGUACAAACAAAUUCAGUUACGAAUAUUAAUAAAAAGUGAGAGUUUCGA